AAAAGCAUAAAAAGGAGCUUGUGUAACCACAGGCUUCACCAAAGUUCAAAGAGCGAGUUUCUCCAAAAAUGUCAAGGCUCAUUAUCAUGUUCAUUCUCAUCCUUUACUUGUUUGUCUCUUUCUCAUCACAAACAUCUUAUGGGAUUGUUGAGAAUAAAGAGGAAAUUAUUUCUCUGUUAAAGAUGGAGAACAAAGUUAUCAAGAUGCAUGGGAGAAAGGUGUUGAUGGACAUGAUAAUGGACUAUGAGUAUGGAGGACCAAACUCAAAGCAUGACCCAAGAAGAGCAAGGCCAGGAAUGGCUGGCAGGAACAACUGAUUUACUACUUCAUAUAUAUAUAUAUAUAUAUGGUCCCAUUUCAAACUCCUAUAUAAUUAAUAAUUAAAUAACACUAAAUUUUAUUGUGAUAGACUUCUAAUAACAACCUCCAUAUAAAUAAAAGGUUCAUAUCAAAUUAAGUUCACCUUUCUUUUCAUUAUUAUGUAUACUUGUUCUCAUCUUCAACAUUUGUAUUAACUUUAAUCAUAAGUUUUCGUCCGAAUUUAAUUUUUGAUGAAAAUCAGCUAAAUUUAAUGUUGGUGAGGUGAACUUUUCUAUUUUUUUUUUAAAAGGAUGAUAAAUAAUUAAGAUG